AUGAUUAAAUUUAUUGACAGAAAAAUAGAGCAAACCUCUUCAUAUAUUAGAGAAGAUGAAAAAAAUGAAGAAGACUAUUAAUUUGAAUAUCCUGUUACUAUAAAAAAGCCAUUAAAAAUUUCCGAUUAAGAAUACAGUGAUGAUUAUUAGUUAUUGAAAUAAAAUGCUCCAGGAGUAAGCUUAAAAUUAAACAUUGGGACACCAAAAAUUGAAACUCCAUCAAAAUUACCUUACGUUCUAGAUGAUAGUCUUCAAAGGUUCUUAAUAUAAUUAAUUAUAAGGUAAAAAGGAAGAAUGAAAUUCUAUGAUGAUUCCAAAAAAUAUGGGUUUUUAGUGCUUGAUGAAGAUGGAACAGAUGUAUUUGUUCAUUAUGAUAAUCUUUAAGCAGCUGGAAUUACGAUUGAAAAAAUGAAAUAAUUUAAAUUGUGCAUUAGUAUAAAUCUAUUCUAAAGAUUAGGAAUAAUCCUCAAUAUAUAAAAUUUACAAAAAAUGGAGGUCCUUAUUUUGAAUUUAUUCUUAUGAACUAUAUGGGCAAAUAUAAUAAGAGUCGAAAAGCCAUAGACCUUUAGUUAUUGAAUUAAACUUGAUUUUAUAUUAAUA